UACCUCGCUCUUUCCUCGCGCUGUUUUGGCUCGCUAACGACGCCGCGAGGCCCCCAAAACAGCGAUCUUCCGACGCGAAACGAAACGAAAGCUAAAUCUGUUCUCGCUUCGCAACUCGAGGCUGUUGUCAGGACUGGUGAAAACAAGUUCGCAAAGUCCUUCGAUCGACAUCUGGUUGAAAAAGUCUCAUCUAUUACCUGAAUAUUCGAAAACAGCGAUUCUCAUAGACAACAACAGACACUUCAAGAAGUUUGUGACUCUCUUUCAAACUUUGUAUAUUGUUGAUUCUGCCACAGUCACAGAGUCAAACCACAGGACGAGUUCACUGCAAGCCUUUCAGUUUUAGGCGAUCCCACUGAUAGCGAAAGGGGCCCAGUUUACGUGGACAACGCAGCGGCCGCCUAAACUACUACAUUGGGCAUAGAGUAAACGCAGUCGAACGGAGAGUUUUACAACUCGGGUCACAACUUUUACUCACUCGCGCGUACGCGUGCGGCUCAGCUGAUUCAACUGUGUGAACACGUUCUUGGAUUGCCUUUCUGUGUUUGGAUAACUAUCGAGGGCCCAAGACUUCCAAUGGACUCUUGCUGUUGUGCCAAAAUGCAGAGCUCAAGUAUCGGAUUUUAGAAGUUUGACUGCACUACCAAGUUCCCGAUCACUUGUGUCAACUAAAGACUGUAAACCCGCUCAAGUACGUUGAUUUGGAUAUAAUUACUCCAGGAAGCAAAGGAUAUAUUUAAAACGCAUCAUCAUCAUCGUCAUGGAGUAUAUUUCUUGGAGCAACGCAAUGGUCAGCCUGUUGGUUUUCCUCAUUGCUGCAGAUCUGACUGUGGUACAGUCUAGAUGGCAGACUGAGUGGAUGCCUAAUUUUGUCUCCCGAGAACCAGCGGCCCAGAGUCCGAGCGCUCAAGUGUUUGAAGGUCUGACGUCAGAGGAUGACGGGUUCAAACUCCUGCUGGUAGAGGACGACAAGGCAUUUGUUGGAGCCAAAAACCGUGUGUACUAUAUGUCGUUACAGGAUACGAGGAAUAUAUCG